AUGAUUUCGUUUCGACAAAUAUUUCGAUGCAGUUCGCGUCUAGUUUUUGCAAAAGAACUAAAAAAUUUACAUCAGGUGCCAUUGAUUCGAAGAGAAAGGCUAUGCUCUAAUUUAUAUGAUCAAAUUUUUAUUCGAACGAAGACGGAUCUCUGCGAAUUACCGCAAAAUGAUAAAGAAGAAGGUGCCAAGAAAAAAGUACUUGGUAAGCUUGAAAAGAAAUUGAAAGUGAUGUUUACUUGCAAGAAGUGUAAUUAUCGAAAUGGAAAAGUUAUAUCUCAACUGGCAUACGAGAAAGGUGUAGUUAUAAUUCGUUGUAACGGUUGCAAAAAUAAUCACUUAAUCGCUGAUAAUCUUGGAUGGUUCGAGGAAUUAAAAAACAAAAGAAAUAUUGAGAAAAUAUUGGCGGCAAAAGGAGAGACCGUACGAAAGGUACAAAAUGAUAUCGAUGGAUAUAUUGAAAUUGUUGCCAAAGCGGAAUUUGAGUUAGUGGAACAUAAUAAGGAAAGGGAACAACGAAUAAUUGAAGAACAAAAUAAAGUACAAGAUCAAUCUAAAAAAAUUAAAUCUUCGGAGGAAUCGUAGGAGGAAUCACUGUUAA